CGAAAGCGCGACGCUUUGUCAACACAAGACCCAGCGCCUAGUACGGCCGGGGGCUCUCGUUACAGGAACUAUUCUGGGGCGUCUCCGGUCCAUACUGACCGGCCGAGGCGGUGAAUCCCGACCGGGCCCGAGCGCAGUUCGAAUCGCGGGCUCACAUCGGCCGUCGGAUUUCGCAUCGACGUGCGCGUGUGUACCGCGCCUUUGAGCGAUUCGAAGUGAGGAGGACUUGGUGAGGACGGGUGCGAUCGGCUGCAGGCGGUGAAGAGGGGCAUCGAGAUGGAGAGCUUGGGCGGAGCAGGCAAACCAGGAUCUGGCAGCAUGGCAGCUUCUUCGGCGGCCAAUACGGCUGCCAUUGCUGCGAAAAAAGGUUUGGGGAUGAUGUUUAGCGCCAGCAAAGUAGCAGCGGCUGCGAUUCAAGCGGGAGUUCAGAAAGCUCGGAAAGGUUACGCCAACAAGCACGAGCAGGAUGUGCUGAACGAGCUAAAAGCCAAAGGCUUGCCUCCGGUUGAACACCUAGUAACUGUUUUGAAAAGGUUGUACUAUCUGAAGAUGGCUGGGUACAAACAUGAAUUGCAAGCAGCCGCUUUGGUUUCUGCGAAGAGGCUGACUGACUCAGAGAAGACCACUGUCCCAAUCGAUGUGGUUGUAGUGCUGGGUGGUGUACUGAUGGAAGAAACCCUCAAGUACGGCGAAUUUCAAAAAUCAGCAAUUGUGCAAGGAAUGCAGGAUUUUCUAAACAAGUCGAGGAUGGGCAAGGAUCACUAUGACCGAGACUCUGUCGCCCAUGAUGUCUACUAUGCUGUACUGAUUCUUGCAGAGGAAUUUGAUACCGAGUGGGAGCAACUAGAAGCCUGUAUCAGAGAUGCUGUGACUCGGCUAGUCGAGUGGGCAGCCGUGACCGAGCAGUCGCCAGAUGCGCGGACAAGGGCGGCCAAGGCUGUUUACCGUUUUGCACAGGCAAUCAAAGAGGCUGGUACAGCAAGCGAGGAGAGGAGGCAGAAGGCGCUCAAAGACGCAGAGAACACGCUUCGGAGAGAACAAGACCGACGUAGGCCACCAUCCUUUUUUCAAAAUCAUUCUACUCCUACUAUUGUCUCCGCACCUGCUCAAGUUCCCAUUACUGCUCCACCUGCCACUGCUGUUAUUCAUGCAACAUCCGAAGUUCAUGCAACCACAUUUCAAGCUUAUGACCCGAGUCAAAAUCCUUACACUCCUACAGCUCCAGUAUAUCCUACUUCAGCUCCUCCAUAUUCUUCUCUCCCUACCAAAUCUGCUUAGAGUUGGCUAUUCAUCAUGAAGCUGAAACUGCCUAUAAAACGCGAUUGUGUUUACCACGGCGUUGCUGCUUGAGUCCAGCAGGUGUAUAUCUAGAGAUGAACGUGAAUGUUUUGUGUAGGUUUCACUGCAUCGCGUCCGCAGCAAGACUGCCAUUUGCUCUUUCUAAAGAAAACAGAAUUUAGGGAAAAUUGUACAUAGUCGGUAAAAAAGGAAGGCUUUUGAAUGAAAAAUAGUCACUUAAUUUCCAUCUUUCUUUCUGCUCACAUCAAUGAAGAAAUGGGC